AUGUGGCAAGAAGCAAAAGCCAAUGACAAGAGGAUUAAAGAACUCAUGGUUGAUCACCGAAAGAGAGCAGAGAGACGUCGUGCUUAUUACGAAUCGCGAUUGGGAGAUCCUCAACAAUUGAUUCGUGUCAUUGGUGUUUCUUCAAAAGUAUAUCCUGAUGCCGAACAGUUUUACUACCAUGAGAAUCCCGAUAACCUGCAAUAUGCCAUGGCAAGUUUUGAUGGUCGUUCCUUAUUAGAUUUCGUUCCUGAAACUUCCACAAGAAGAGGAUUCAGUGACGUUACAAAGGAAGAACGAGAGAUGGCCGAUGAAUUGAACUUUGAAAGAUAUCACGACCUUAUUGAAGCAGAAAGAUUAAACGUCUCCGAAGCGGAUCGUUUAGCUGAAGUGGAUGAAGAAUGGACUAAAUUAUUAGACCGUCAUCAAGCAAAAUUGGCGUUAUUAAAUACCAAAGAGAAAGGAUCAAGCUCAAAGGGUCGUACGUUUGGAUUUGAUUAUGGAACCAGUAAAAUGAAAGAGGAAGAUUUAGAUGAUGACACAGAGCAAGAAUCUCAACUACUUAAAGAUAUCCUUUUCAUUGAUAUUAACCCUGUUAGACAUAUUCAUGUGGACAUUUUACAAUACGUAGAUGAACUAACAGAUAAGGAUAAACAAGUAUUGAACGAAAUGUCUGGAAAAUACGGUAUUCGAAGUUACGCACGAUUAUUACGUGUUGCGAAAAAGGAUCGGGAUGAUGAAUUACGAGCCUUGAAACGUCAACAGGAUGAUGGACGAUCCAAGGAUAAUAAUAAUACAGGUAAACGAAGUGCCAAUGAAAGACGACGAUUGAGAAGAAGAGGGGAUAGAAAUGCAGGUCCACGUCAUGAAGACCGGUAUAGACGUCGGUACAGUCCCACAUAUGAGCCUUAUAGAAGAAGUUCGGCUUCAGAUGAUUCUUCCGGCGAAGAAAUGCCUCGACCCGAGGAUUCGGAUUGCGUUGUAAUUGAGUUUGGAUCGACUGCACCUGAGGAAACCAAGAUGGAUCUUGAUAAGGAAAUCUCAAAUGAAAAUCAAAGAUCAAGUAUGACAAUCACACCUGUCGAGAAAAAACUGACACCAAUGGAGAAAUUGAAGUUAAAAAUGAGGGCUGGAUUACAAAAGCAAAUUGUGUCGGAUGAGAAGGAAAAGAGACAAAAGGAAAAAGAAAAGGAGUUGGAGAAUCUACGUGAACUGGCUAGAAACCAAGGUCUUCCCAUUAACGCGUAUAUGAGACCUGAGCCGCCCAUGCGAGAAAAGAGCGAUAAUCAAGAUAGUGCGGGUAAAUCAAGAUACCGUUCACCAUCUUCAUCGCGAUCUCCUUCUCCUAUCGCUAGACAUACAUCACCCAUCCGAAAGCGUUCACCGUCGAGAGAACGUACAAGACGAUCACCAUCGAGAGAACGCACGAGACGCUCACCUUCGAGAGAACGCACGAGACGCUCACCUUCGAGAGAACGCACAAGACGCUCACCUUCAAGGGAUCGCACAAAACGCUCAGAUUCUCGCGAAAGAUCGAAGCGCUCUUAUUCUAGAGAGCGAACCAGAAAAACAUCGAGAGAAAGAUCACGACGCACAUCAAGACGCUCAACAUCUAGAGAGCGCUCAAGACGUAAUAAAGACUACCGUGAGAGAUCCCCACAAGCAAAGAGAAGAUAUAGAUCUCCAUCAUCAGAAAAGAGAGACUCUAAAAGACGUUAA